ACCCCUAUUUUUCCCAAACACACAAUGAAUGAAUACCCGGGCUUGCACCCCAACUACCAACAUUCGCCCCAGCACGUUCCACCGCACCACCCACACCCCCAUCCGCCCCAGCACACCGCACCACCGCUGGCGCAUGGGUACCCGUACGGAUACGCCGACAAGGAGAAAGAUGCAAUUGGGGCAACAGCGUCCACACUGUCGUCUGCCAACCGCCGCGGGCCCUGGGACCCCAUGGAGGACAAGCGCCUCAUGGAGCUCAUCAACGUGUUUGGGCCCACCAAUUGGGUGAGGAUUUCGCAGUCCUUGGGCUCACGUACGCCCAAGCAGUGCCGCGAGCGGUUCCACCAGAACUUGAAGCCGCUGUUGAACAAGACACCCAUCACCCCAGAGGAGGGUGCGUACAUCGAGGAGUUGGUUGAAAAGUACGGGAAGAAAUGGGCAGAGAUCGCGCGCCAUUUGAACGGGCGGUCGGAUAACGCAGUCAAGAACUGGUGGAAUGGAGGGGCGAACCGCCGCCGCCGGACGAGCGCUGUGGGUGAGCGCAGUCGCUCGAACUCGCCGGACGAAACCCCAGAGAAGCCAGACGAGAAGCUGGGCGAGAGGUAUCCAGGGUACCAGAGUGGAUACUCGGGAGGCGGAUACCCGGGUGGAUACCCAAGUGGAGCUCCGGGCAUCUAUGCAGGUGGACCCUCCAGUGGGUAUCCGGGUGAAAAGUACCCAGAGACAAGACCGCCUGAAAGAUUCGGCCCUGAGGCCCUGGAACAAAACGUCGCAUCCACGCCCCAGCUCUACUCCGCGCCAGCGUUCGCGUUCAACGUCUUGCGCGGCGCGCGCGCGUACAGCAUUGCGGACAUGUCCAAACUGCCCAGUCUGGCUAAUCUCCCGCCUCUUACCGGCCAGCCCCUGGGACUGGGGCAGUUUCCGCCGCCCGGGCAGUUCCCCGCGCCCCUCCUCAAGCGCCGUACGAACCACAUCGAGAUCGAACCCGAACCACGGCGCCGUCAUUCAUCCGUGUCGUCCAGCAUGUUUUUCCACACACCACGCGGUGAAAACCUGCCGUUCUUAGGCUGCUCACCGCUCAUUCCGCCCACGUCGCGGACAUCUUCAAUCUCGCACGACUUUUCGCUCAACGACUCGCGAAGAUCGUCGCUCGCGCCAGACUUGUUUCCGAACCCGUUGGGCUCCGGCAAGAAGCGCGGUAGCCAGCACUUCCAGGCGCCUUUGACUCCGUUGACUUCCGCCGGGAGUUCUAUUGCGCACUCUUCGCUCCUGUCUGCCAAUGGGACGACUUUGCCGCCGUUGACGCCGCCGGCGUCAGGGCAUAUGGCUGCGAUGCUGAAUGCUUCGCCAAAACCAUCGAUAUUCAAGAGUAACUUUACGUUUAGCCAGCCAAAGCCCGAAGGCCAGAGGCCGGACGACAACCUGAGUGAGAACCAGGGGUUGAGCGAGAGCGAGAGCCAACGGGACGAGAGACUUGGACUGGCCUCAGACCUCAGUUUGGCUGCAACCGCGGUCUCUGAACCCAAGACCACAAGCCCAACCGCGGACACCCUGCUGGCCAGACGAAUCUCCAUUGCCCGCUUGCUUGGUUAGCCCUGAAGCGGUUUCCAUUGUCUUUUACGGGUCACCUUUGUACUAUUUUUCAAUUCCCCUUCCUUAUAACAAUCUUCCCUGUAAAUGUCUAAUUAGAUCUGCUCAGCCGGCCGUACCGGGCAGGUUAUCAGAAAUACUGCGGAGCGUAAAAGCUUGGGUGGUUUUAUCUGGUUUAAAAAAUUGGUGGCCCAAACCCUGUUGUGCCUUAAUACCUAAAGCUGGCCAUGUUCAAACGGAGUAGCCCUUUUGUAUCUACAAAAUGGGAAACUAGCCGGACAGAUAUCGGGAGUGGACAACGCAACACAGACGAAAGGCCAACGUACGCAAAUAUAUGUAAUUUAAUAUUGCUCCACGCAUGUUUCCAAAUACAUAUUUGAGGGUAUAUAGAUAAUGGUAAAUUGCCGGUAUAUCGGGCUCUAUCUGAUCCACUGGAUGCCAUAAUAAUGCAUUACUCUUUGAGAUUCGUCUAUGGUGCACUUCUGGACACAUAGCGCAUU